UAACACAUCAGCUUAGGAAACUUGCAAGCUCUCUCAGCUCUACAGUAAUUGCGAUCUGCUCCAAAAUGUCUAACCCAGCUCCCGCUCGCCCCCCGGACCGGCGCGCCUCGACUCUCAACACCGGCUCCUCCGCCAAACGCCAGUCCACCGCGCUUCCUAAGCCCUCGUCCAUUUUCCUCGACCCGUCCGUCCUGAUAGCCCAACACGCACAACUCACAGGAAUACAUCCCAUCACCGUGGGCCCGAAUACAGUCUUGCAUCCGCAUUGCAAGGUCAGCAGUGCCAAUGCGCCCGUGGUGUUGUGGGAAGGCGUUGUCGUGUACGAGCGCGCGAGGGUGGGCGUAGAGAAUGCGAAGGUGGCGAGGACGGACACAAGCAGGGGAGAUGGCGUAGUACUGGGUAAGAACGCCGUCGUUGAGACAGGAGCUCUAGUGGAGGCGAGCGAGAUUGGGGAGGGGACCGUCGUCGAGGUUGGCGCGCGUGUGGGUGUGGGUUGUGUGAUAGGGAAGUUCUGCACCAUCUCAGCUUCAACGAUCCUUCCUCCGAAUACUCAUCUCCCGGACUUCACUGUCGUGUACAGCGGUUUGGAGAAGAGGGUCAACAAGACCCUUCAAUCCAGGUCUGAAGUGCAACAAGCCCAUAUCAUCAUGCAUUCGAAGCAGCUGGAGAUUUUCAAGAAACUGAUCCCAAAUAAUGUUUCGAAGUGGACAUGAGAUGAACUUGCAUAUUCAAGUUUUUUUUCCCCAACUUGUUCCCCUUCAUUUUUCGGCGGCUUCCAGUUUCAGCGUUCCCACUCUCUCUAAUAUAUCAGGGAGUGGAUCUCGAGCUACAUCGGAGAGUGCAUCUUUGGCUGCUUCCAAGGCCCUGCUAGAAAAGGCCCUCGUGGGUACUUCCCACAACGUUUUCGAAUGCCUUAUGAACACCCCAAAGGUUUCGCGCACCCUAAAUUUGUCAUUCUGAAUCCUCAAACGUCGACUGCAUCUCUUGCUCUCCUCAAAAUUCUCCUCCGCUAAUUCCUUUGCCGUCGCCCUCCCCCCGAGCUGCUUCACUAACGCAACCAUGUCGGCAUGACCAGAAUCUACGGCAACGACAAGUGGAGCCAAGCCUUCCGAGCGCAACUUAUGAUGACCGCUCGGAUCGACACUGCGAUCGCAAAUCAGCCAA